UACAUUUAAUGGCAUUUGAUCCCAACAUUUUGCUUGUACAAAACAGUAUUUACUCCAACUGAUAUAAAAUUCAAUUCUUUUUUUUAUUAUUUUAAUACUAAUAAACAUAAGUAGAAAAAUCAGCAGAGUUGUAAAUUGUAAAUCGUAAAUUGUAAUAGAAUAAUGAAAUUGAAGAAGAUGGAAGAAGCAGAGUAUUUGGAUUAUGUGUUAGUUCCAACAGGGCUAGUAGUGCUUGGAUUAUAUCAUCUCUGGCUUUUCUACACUAUUAUUCGCCAUCCUACUACUACUGUUGUUGGUGUUAAUUCUCUUAGCCGACAACAAUGGGUUCUCCAUAUGAUGGCAGAUCCGGGAAAAAAUGGAGUUCUAGCAGUUCAAACAAUACGGAACAACCUAAUGGCCGCAACACUUUUGGCUACGAUAGCUAUAACAUUGAGUUCCCUUAUCAGUGCUGUCGUAAGCGAUUCAAGUUCCGAUAUAUACACAAUUCACACCACCAAAUAUUUAUCAGUUCUAAUAUGCUUCCUUUUAGCAUUCUUCUGCAAUAUGCAGAGUAUCAGAUACUAUGCCCAUGUUAGUUUCUUACUUAAUUUACCAUCAAACGAAGGCGAGGAUAGAGCAGAGUUCGUCGAAUAUGUGAUGCAACAGUUGAACCGAGGUGGCUUGUUCUGGUCUUUGGGAUUGAGAGCCUUUUACUUCUCUUUCCCUCUUUUACUUUGGAUUUUUGGUGCUAUUGCAAUGUUGGCUUGUAGCUUUGUGAUGGUGGUUUUGCUUUAUUUCUUGGAUACUGCUAGUUCUUCCCCAAGGUGUUUUCAUAGUUACAAACUGAACAAGAAUAAUCAUAAUCCUGAUAUUGAAGUAACAGGUGACUCGGUGCAAACUGUAUGGUCAGAGGAGCCUAACGUCCACAAACCGCUACUGCUAAAUUCGACUUCAAGAUAAGGCGUUCGUUUUGAUCUUUGAAGAUAAAGGCUUACAUAUCUUAUGAAGAGUUCUUUGUUGAUCCUUUGUUGAUCUUUGAAGAUAAAGGCUUGUAAACUUAAAUUACAUUAUUAUCUAUUGAUAUGCGUAUGUGUUUGGUAAAUUAACUGAUUGAUGACAGUUUUAAUAGUUAUUAGCACAAUAAAAAUGACAUAAAAACAUAAUGAGAAGCAUAUAAUAGCAUAACAUGUAUUAGUCUUAUAUAUAUAAUAUAUUGAAGAAAACAAUGAAGAAAUUGAGCA